AUAGGAGCCAAUGGCAUAAACCGGGUUUUUUGUAAAAAUUGUACAUUGUAAAUAGUUCUAUGUACAUAUAGUAAUUAUAUUUGUGGUCGUUUUGUUUAGAAAUUGUGUGAAUAGUGUAUUAUUUUGAGUGUUUAUUCAAUUCAGUUUUCGAAGCCGACAAAUGUCUAAACCCUGAAGUUAGUGCAUCAGAUAAUCGUGUCAAGUUCUCAAGUUCUGAUACUCUUACAAACUUCGUAGUUUUCGAUUCAUUAAUUUGUUCUCUCCUUUGUGUUCGAUCCGUCAAUGAGACCGUUGCAUCGCUUGCAAUAUUUUGGUUUCUCAUAGCGGCUGUCAUCGCGCUUCGAUAAAACUGCGAACUGUCAUUACAAAGACAAAAGGACUAAUAUAGUCGCUAAACGUUUUUGAUGCUGAGAUAUUCUCUUCGUGUGUACCCCUUCUAACAUGUAAAACAGUUCUGCUGUACAUAGAGCGUCAAUAGAUCGGUCGUUGUGUUCCAGACAUAAACAGGAAAAUUGUGUUAAGGUUUCGAAGGACUGGAAAGUGAAACUGAAUGCUCGAACCUCACGGUAGCCCAAUGAAGUGGCCGGGAACUGGGGCGGAAGAAGAGGCGGGCGAAGCAGCACUGCAGAGCGCGCGCGCCUCUCAAGCCCGCACCCAGGAUGAUGCUGCUGUGCAUUACGUGUUCCAGCGGGAACCGCAGGAGGCGGAGUUGCCCUCUUUAGCCUCAAAACAGCGCUGGGCUGUCGGCGACGACGCUAUUGCUGAGAAUCAAGAUAAAUGGAAAAAUCCUACUCCUAUAAACAUGAAUAAUAUUCAACCUCAAGGACAUGCGAUGCAACUGAAACACAAUCAGUCAAAUCAGCAACAAUUUAUCAAUCAGACCAUUGCUUCAUCUGUUGGUACACUAGCCAUCAACCCUUCAGUUAUUGGGAGUCAUCCACCACAUUUGACAACUAAUAUGGUUCAUACACAGUUGGCACCAUUGCAGAACCACACCCUUGGCAACAACCUUACGAUUCAAAAUAAUGCUAUGAUGCUGCCACCUCUUCAGGGCAUACAGAAUGCACCCCAGCUUGGCCAACAAGGACUGUAUGAUAUCCAUCAACACCCUGGCACUCCAAUGCAAGCUAUGAAUGGCAUUGGUAAGGGAGCAGAACAACUUAUGUACCUGAGCCAAGCUGGUAUGCUUGCACCUGGAACUAACCAAUUUCUACAACAAGGACAAAAUCAACUUGGGCUGACACCCAUUGCUGCAAUCAGAAACCAGAUUGCACCUGCUGCAAAAAAGCUAUGGGACAAAGGCCCUGGAGCUGGUGGUGACAGCAAGGGUCCUCCACACUUGCCUCCUUUGCAGCUCAAUCCAGAGCAGAUGUGGCGAGAUCCCACCUGGUCUGCGCAAGCUGUUGAACACAAUGUAGGUGUUCCAAUGAUGAGCACACGGCGCGGUGUGGCGUUCCCUGGUGGUGAUGCCGGCAGUAUCCUAUCACCGCGCGAUACCGGCGGCCUCGGUGUCAAGAUGGUUGAAUAUGUGCUAGGUGGAUCACCUACAGAAACAGGUGGAGCUGCAUCUGGCGGUAGUAGCGAAAAAGCUGUCGCAGGAGUGGUAGCUGGAUUGCGCGGCAUGGUUCUUGAAGAAAGACCUGAAGACAAAUCAGCAUCUCCAUUUGAUAAAGAUCUGCAUGAACUACAUGAACAUGGACCACUGCCAAAUGGACUGCACAACGGCCAAGAAGAUGAUAAAGCUUUCAACCGCACUCCUGGAUCGCGGCAACCGUCACCGGCCGAGGAGGAAAGUGGCGGUAUGGGCGUUGGUGGUGGCGGUAUGGGCGCAGGGAGUGCCGUGCGCAACGGCGGCGACGCUACCCCUUUUCCGCUGCUGCCGCCGCACGCACUACCGCAGCCACAACCCCCACUGCACCACUUGCCCCACCUCAGCCACCCGCAGCAUCACCCGGGGAUGUUAGGCGUGGCUCCAUUGCAAGGACUGCCGCAUCCGCAACAUCCGCAGAUACAUCCAGGAAUGACUUUAAACGAUUCUAUGAAUCAACACAUCGAACUCCUUUUACAAAUGGAGCAACAUCCUCAGUUUGACAACAAUAGUUUCGCAAAUACGCAACAAUAUGGCGGCGUCGGCAGCCUCGUCAACGGCGCUAACGUUGUACCCCAGCAGCCCGACACCACGCAGCAUCAUCAACCCUUCGAUGUACAGCAAUUGUUCCGAUCGCAGCAGGCGGCAGCGGCAGGUGGGCAGGCGGCGGCGGCACAGCUCCAGCUGCUGCAGCAACAACAGCAGCAACAGUUCCAGCUACAACAACAGCUUGCUGCACAACAGGCUUUUACACAAGCACCGUAUGUCAUUAACGCGGGACAAGAGGGCACGCCUUACAUGAGCGCACUGAUCGCUGGCGUACCUCCCUAUUACGGUGUAGCGGCACCCUGGGGCGUGUACCCAGGGUUGGUAGCGCAGCCUGCACAACAGCAAGCGCAGCAGCCGCGACGGCCUUUGACACCGCAGCAGGGCGAGCAGCAAGUAAAUGGACAGGGCCAGUAUGUGAUCCCGUACUAUGACCCCGGAUCGCUGGUUAUGGGUGGCCGUAAUGGAACACCGCUUCGGCUGGUGUCACCUGGCGGGGUGCUGGCGCCUCGUACAUAUCAACCCGCGCCUACACACCCUGCCGCCACAGCUGCGCCGCCCGCGCCAGCACAACCUCAGCCGCAGCAACCUCAACCCGGCGGCGGAGCGGGGGCUCGGCGUGAUUCGCUAGAAUUUGGUGGCUCCGCCGGUGCGCUGCAGGAGUACGCACGCAAGUGGGGACCUUCGCCGCUGUCACCGCCACUGGGCGCCGCGCUAGGGCCCGUCGGCCUGCGGCCUGUCUCUGCCGCGCCCGGCGCUGAGACCGCCAAGUACAGAGCUGUCAGCAGUUUAGCACAAGGUCUCACGUCAAAUGGCAUGUUCGGGUCAUCAUCCUCGUUACUAAGCAAACUGAGUGGAGUGGGCACUAUCUCAGAAUUGGUUGGUGGCGGUGUGGGUGGGGUCGGAGGCGUGGGUGGUAUGGGUGGCGUGGGCGGAGUUGGCGUUGGUGUGGGUGGCGUUGGCGUCGUGGGUGGCGCGUUGGUCAGUGAUAAGCCACCUACCGGCCGCAGCCGCCUGCUGGAAGACUUCCGUAACAAUCGUUUCCCCAAUUUACAGCUGCGUGAUCUCGCUAACCACAUCGUAGAAUUCUCACAGGACCAGCAUGGAUCCAGAUUCAUUCAACAGAAACUGGAAAGGGCCACAGUUCAGGAGAAACAAAUGGUAUUCAACGAAAUAAUUGGCGCUGCGUACAGCCUCAUGACAGACGUAUUUGGAAACUAUGUAAUACAAAAAUUCUUUGAAUUUGGCACGACUGAACAGAAAACGACGUUGGCACAAAAGGUCCGAGGGCACGUUCUCGCGCUAGCGCUGCAAAUGUACGGAUGCCGUGUGAUACAAAAGGCACUAGAGUCCAUUCCCGCCGAACAGCAGCAGGAGGUGGUGCGUGAGCUCGACGGACAUGUGCUUAAGUGCGUCAAGGAUCAGAAUGGAAAUCACGUCGUACAGAAAUGUAUUGAGUGUGUGGAGCCAUCCGCGCUGCAGUUCAUAAUCAACGCAUUCGUGGGGCAGGUGUACGCACUGUCGACUCACCCGUAUGGCUGCCGCGUAAUCCAACGCAUCCUCGAGCACUGCACGCCCGAGCAGACUGCACCAGUUCUUAGCGAGUUGCACGCGCACACCGACCAGCUCAUACAGGACCAGUACGGCAACUACGUGGUGCAGCACGUGCUGGAGCACGGUGCGGCUGAGGACCGUGCGCGUCUAGUGGCAGGCGUACGUGGGAAGGUGCUCCAGCUUUCGCAGCACAAGUUCGCCUCCAACGUAGUCGAGAAGUGCGUCACGCACGCUACGCGCAAUGAGCGCGCGCUACUCAUUGAUGAACUCUGUGGCUUUAAUGACAAUGCCCUACACGUGAUGAUGAAGGAUCAAUACGCAAACUAUGUGGUCCAGAAGAUGAUUGACGUAGCAGAGCCGACACAGCGCAAAGUGCUGAUGCACAAGAUACGGCCCCACAUCGGGUCACUGCGCAAGUACACGUAUGGCAAGCACAUCAUCGCGAAGCUGGAGAAAUUUUUUAUGAAGGCACCGGAGCUGGGCCCCAUCGGGCCUCCGCCGCCUAACCCCGUGUUGUAGUCUGUAUAAAGUAUUAACGCCCGAACGCCGCACACGCCGCACGCCGCACAGCUGAUGCGACGGCGCGGGUAUCCCCGCCUAUUAUAAAUUUGUGAAUAUUUGCGAUUGUACAUUUGUAACUAUAGAGCUCGCCGCGUCGCCACCCGCCGCUCGCCGCCCGUCGGGCGAUCUGAUUAGGUUAGUUGCACCGUCGUCUGUGUCUGUAAUGUAAUGUAAGCGUGUCUGUAUUGCAUGUGCAAACGGGCGCGGGCGGCGGCGGCGGAGCGCGCCUGUACAUACUGCGACACUGCGGCAGACUGAUGUACAGACCUACGAUACGAUAUACUGUAUACUGUAACAAUAGUUGUACAGCGUCGACGCCGAUUACGGUGCUCGGCCGUCGCGUCAUCGCGGCGUAGCGUUAAUUGCGUUUAUAGUUGUUAAGUGUUCUAGUAUUAUUCGUUGUUCGUAUGAAUCUAUGUAUAAAUAUUUGAACGUCUCUCAUUCUCGUGUAAUUUAUGAAUCGAAGGGGAGCGGGCCCGAACGGUCGCGCUCGCCCGUAAUUUAGCUCGUUGUAGAUUUACUAUUAGCUGGGCUAGGGGACCUUGAAUCUUCGAAGUGAUGAAGGGAAAUGCCACAGGCAGUUCUAGACAAUCGGCACUAUAGUCGUGAUUAUAUUAUUAUUUUGUACUAUUCUUCAAGUCAAGCUCUCGUUUAAGUUAAAAAGACCGGCUUUAAAAUCGUACAUAGUUAUCGAAUAUAGCUUAGUGCCGGAGUGUAUAGUUUGUCGAUUUUAAUUUUGUGAAAAUGAUAUUUUUGUAUAUUUUUAUGUAACUUAAGUUAUUUAGUUUAAUGAGCCUCCGAGAGUAUCGGAGCGAGCGCUUAUCGAGUGGGAUGCUUAUGUUGUAGCGAGGCGCCGUGCGGCCCUUAGGUUAUAGUGAUGAUUGUAAAGUCCUGUACUGAUAGUUGUAGUCCGAGGUCUACCUUGCCGGUUGCACGUCACAAGCGUAGCUGCUCCUCAUUCCCCUGUGUAAUUAAUUUUUAUAGGAAGCGUAGUUUCCUACGACACCUCAGAUUUUUUACGUCUAGAUGUAAUUGAAAAUAAAAUUAUUGUAUAUGGCUGUACAAAAAUGUUAACAAAAUGAUUUGUAAAACCUGUAUGUGAUGGAAUAGGACGGGGCGGCGGGAGCGACGAGAGCCGCAGCUCCGGCCGCUGCGCCCGUAGGUUGUACUAGAUAACAUUUAUAUGAUGAUCCAUCUAUUU